AUGGCAUACCAAGGCGGCCCAGAGUCAUACAUGCUCAAUGCCUGUUCUUCCGGAGAUACUUCGACUUUACAACAGCUUUUCACUGAUCACGGCAUUCAACCCGGUAGUAAACCAGUCUAUCCAAAAUUGAUUGACCCAGGUAGCCCCCAAGAAGUAUUAACUACAACUAUGGGGCUCCAAAUUCCCCCUACCAGCAAAUUGCUCGAGCGAGCUGUAGCAGCGAAACAAGUUGCCAUCGUAAAGUUUAUUCUUCAGAUGUACCCCUCGUUCUCACUCAUGCAGGAGCACGGGAUCGUCCGCACGGUCCUCGAGCACCCCAAUCCAGAAAUAUUACAAGUUCUCUGCGAUCACGAACGUAACUUUGUUAACUUCUCUGUCGACUACGGCAUGCGGUGCUUUCUGACGGAUGCGUGUGCCCGGCCGGCGGAGGAGAUCGGACCGGUGCUGCACGUGUUACUAGACUACGGCGCCGACGUGCAUGAUGGGUGGGGCGCCGGUGGAGGCGCGUUGUAUGCGGUGGUGAUUGGUGGGCAGUCGCUUGAGAUUGUGAAGAGGAUAUUGGAGAGGACUGGUGCGGUUAGUAGGCGGAAUGUUAGUGAGGCUAUAUGGCGGGGUCGGGUGGAUGUCGUUGAACUGUUUUUAAAUCAUAGACGGUUUGGUCCGGGGGUUAAGCCGGAGGAAAUUGUUGAAGAUGCGGAGAAGUCGGGGGAUAAGGAAAUUAUUGUUGUCGUGCGGUCUUGGGCUCUGCAGGCCAAGGGGAAGGGAAAGAAGGGGUUAUUUGUAGGAUAUUGGGAAAGGGUUAGGAAUCUUGCCAAAAGUAUAAUAUGA